AUGAUAGUAAGAGGUUCAAGCAUUAACCCCAGCUCUUUUAUGAGGGUCGAUAGCUAUAACCCUGGCAUUGAAAAACUGAGUGAAAAGGCACUUGGAACUGGUAUUAUCAAGAAAGAGAAAAAUUUCAGAAAACAUAAGAAAAAGCAGGACUUGGAAAUGCAGACUUAUAUAAAAUUAACAUCCACAAGUGAGCAUGAUUUUCAUACAAAAUGAGCGAUGCUAAUCCUGAUAGUAAAUUUAUACAACAUUUUUACAGCAACAUAUUUUCUAGGGAUAAAAGGGUUUCCAUCGUCUAUAUGGCUAGCUAUUGAGCUUUCUUUUGAAAUUAUUCUCUUAUGUGAUUAUAUUUCAAGAUGAAUUUUAAAAAAUUUAGAAGUGUGGAGCCGUAUGUGGAUGCUCCAUGAGAAGUCGACGUAUUUGCAUAAUAUUUGCUUAUUUAUCUCGUCUAUACCCUACUCAUUCUUUUCCUUGAUAAUGUCUGUAAAUCUAGAUGGCUGGGGCGUUGCGAUAGUCAGGAUACUAAAAACUUUAAGGUUUUUUCAAUUUUUUACAUUUUUUGAAAACCAAGAAAUUCUAUUGAAAAAAGCAUCUGGCGGUUUUCUUAUGAAAGUAUGCAAAUAUCUGAUUCUUUUAUUACUCCACCCCAUCCUUGAUCGAACGAUUGACUGUAAAAAUUCCUAAAAAUUGGGGAAAUUAACCCCCAUCCUUGAUCGAACGAUUUUCAUAUCAUGCAAAUUAUAUAUAUAAAAAUAUAUUAUUUAUCAAAAGCUUGGGAAGAUGUGCCUAAUUAAGUUGUUUUCAGAGAUUGAAAUUAAUUCUGUAAAAAUAAUUAUUAAAUACUCUUAACUCUCUUAUUUAAAAAGUAUAUAAAAAAAAAUAUAUUUUUAUUUUAUAUAUAAAAUUGUUUGGGAAAAUUUUUUUUUUAACCCCCAUCUUGAUCGAACGAUGGCGAGCUGUUCGAUCAAGGAUAGGGAGUUAGUAAUUUUUCAGUCUACAGGAAUGCUUCUACUAGUUGUAGGAAGAAUUGAAGUUGAAAAAAAUAACCCAUACAAUUGGCUACAGCCUUGAAUUGAUGGGGACGCCCAAACAUAUGAAAUUUAUACAGACGCUUUUUAUUGAGCAGCAAGCAUGAUAUCAAGAAUUUCUUAUAACAGCCCAAUCCCAAAUACAGCAGGAGAAAAAGUAAUUUCUGCACUUAUUAUGAUACUUGGAGUUUUUACAUGUGCUUUUAUAUGUGGACUGAUUGUUCAUAUGCUGAUUACAGUAAAAGCAAAAGAUUUCGAGACAGAACAGAAACUAGAAAGAGCGAAAAAAUGGUGCAGGCUGCGCCAUAUAAAUUCUCAUCUAAAAGUAAGGAUUUUGGCGUAUUAUUACUUUGUGAGGACUCAGUUUUCGCAUUUUAUUGACUGAGGAUUCUUAGAUGAGCUUCCUUUAUCACUAAAAAGUGAAAUUUCUGUGUCUAUACAUUCAGAUAUGAUCCCUAAAGUCGCGAUUUUUGAGAUGGCGGACCCUUCUUUUGUACUGUCUAUUGUAAGAUGCCUAACACCUAAAGUAUUUAUGGCUGGAGACUAUAUAAUUAGGCAAGGAGACUAUGCAGAAGAGUUAUUUUUUAUUAAAAUAGGAACAGUUGAAGUGAUUGCUGCAGAUUCUGAAACCAUUAUAGCUUAUUUAGAGGAAGGUGACUAUUUUGGAGAGAUUGGGGUAUUAUUAGACCAGAGAAGGUCACUAUCAGUGAGGUCUUAUAAUGCGACAAUGAUAUCGUCAAUAUCAAAAAAUGACCUUAUGCCUGUACUUCAAAACUAUCCUGAAUAUCAUGAAUUUUUAAAAAAUGUAGCUGAGCAAAGACUUAAAACUACAAACACCGAAGAUAUUGAUUACUUAUGUGAUCUACAAGUUGACGAGUCAGACUCUGAUUCUUCAGACAGCUCUGACGAGAACACAGAUCCCAGCUUUGGGACUCAUAUCGACCACUCAGAAAAAACCUGCAUCCAAAGGUUCAUUUCAGUCGCCAAAACCAACGAUGUCCAAGGGUCCUACAUAAUUGAUCCUUUUUCUCAGUUUUUUUAUAUCUGGCUGCUUACUAUAUCCAUUAGUUUUGGUUUUUAUCUUUUUUAUGUCCCAUUUAUAAUUGCCUUUGAAUAUCCUGAUUUUGAUUUAUGACUGUCAUUUGACGUUAUAGCAUACGUAAUUUAUAUUGUUGAUAUCGCUGUAUGUUCUAAUACUUCUUUAUAUACAGAGCAUGGGACUUAUAACAGUGAUAUUGAUGCAAUAAGAAGGAACUAUUUAGAAAAUUAUUUAUUAAUGGAUAUAAUUUCGUCAGUUCCUAUUGAUUUUCUAUUAAUAGCCUUUGACGCGCCUCGAUAUGCAGCAGCAUUUUUUAAGCUUGUGAGGUUUUUUAAAGCGAAAAGAAUUUGAAAUUUAUUAGGAUUUUUGCAGCAGCAUAUGAAAUCGUCUAUAAUAUUGAUAACUCUUAUUGAGUCAAUAACACUAGUUAUAUACUAUGCACAUUAUGUAGCUUGUAUUUCUUUUUAUUUAGCAAAAUUACAGUACUGAAUUAACCCUAAUACUAGGUUCAAUAAAGAAAAUUUCAUUAACCAGUUUGCUCUUAACAACUACUAUAACCCUGAUGACACAAUUCUAGAUAUCCCUAUUUUCGACCAGUAUGUAAACUUACUUUAUUUUGGCUACUCUAUAGUAACUCUAGGGGUUUAUGGAGAUAUCCCAGUCUGCACGACAGCUGAAAAAGUAUUAAGCAUGAUAUUUCUGAUCGUGUCGACCAUUUUAGAAGCAUUUUUAAUUAGCAGAGCUUGGAAUCUUGCUACAAAUUAUCAUAAAAAUCAUACAGAACACCUAGCAAAAGUGUCAAUCAUAAAACAAUGAAUGAGCCAUUGCAAACUUUCUAAGGAUCUCCAGCAACGUGUGCUAAAUUAUUAUAAUCUUCUAUGGACCAAGCUUCAAGGCUGUGAUGACGAAGAAAUUCUUUUGGAUCUUCCUGAGUCCCUCAGGACUGAUAUCCGAUAUUUCCUAUUUGCAGGGCUAACCAAAUCAGGGUUUUUCCCUGAAGAUGAAAAAGGUGCUAUUUUAUCUAUCAUAAGAAGAUGCAAACUUUCUAUGGUAUGUGGAGGGGAAAGAAUAGUCACAGAAGGCGAACUUGGCUUACUUUUCUAUUUAUAGCGAGUAUUUUUUUUUAGUAGUUAUAAUUAGGGUACAACUUAUAAAAAAUUUUGCUUUAUUUUUUUGAUUUCUAUUAUCAUUUACUGGUAAACCAGAAAAGUCCUAGACUAUAAUUUUUUAAAAAUAAUUUUUUUAAACAGAUUUGUCUCUGUUUGAAAAUAGGGGUGUUAGAGAUGUACUUUAUUUUAGAAGGAGAAGUAGAAAUAGUGUCCUCCACAGGCUUUGUGUUUAAUACGCUAGGCAGUGGCAUGGUUUUUGGAGAAAUUGCUCUGCUUAAAAUAGUUCCUUCUGUUAGAAGUGCAACCGUAAGAGCAAAAAUUGACACAACUCUGGCUAUACUGUCCAUGAGUGAUUUUAAUUUUGUUAUGAAUAACUACCCUGAUUUUUCUCAAAAAGUAAGAAAAAUUGCAGCAGAGCGAGAAAGAAUGAACAGGGUUACUAUGCAAAACAAUAGUAUGAAAGCACUGGUUACAUAUGUAAAUGACUCAGAAACGCUUAAAUUUACAUCAUUGGAAAAUAAAGAAGAAGAAAAACCGAAAGAUAUAUCAAAUGACCAAGAUGAAAAUAAUGCAACGCAAGAUAAUAUGGAAACUAAAAUAUUCCCGAAUGGAGAUGUCCCUGUUUAUGUGUUCCAGUUUAACCCACUUUUGGUCAAAUUUCAUAGCUAUAGAUGGAAGCAGUUUGUAUAGGCUUAAUGCAAUUGAAUAUAAUACCUUAUAGCUAAAAUAAAAAUUAAAUUAUAUAAAUUUAUAAUAAUUAAUUCUAUAGAUAGGCAAAGCUUCAUAUAAAUGCAGAAUAUUUUAUCGUGAAUUUUUAUAAUUUCGUAUGGAUGCCGCUCCAAAUUGCGUUUGAGUACAAGUAUGAGCAUUGGUCGAUCAGCUUGGAAAUCUGCUCAAUGGUGAUUUAUUUAAUCUUUGGCAUGUAUUAUUGGAUGUUAUAUGAUGUAAUAUCUAAAUGCCCACAUUCAGCAGUAAAAAAGAAAUUUCCUAACGUCAAGCCUAAAACAGCCUUUUGAAAAUCCGUCCACAAUUUUGUUUUAUUUCUCCCAUUUGCUAUGAUAUUUUCGCUAAGCGAGACACCAGAGCCAAGAUGGAUAAUAUCAAUACUUUCAAUAAUAAGAAUUUCUGGAAUUUACUGUGUGGUUGAAGUUUUUGAUUAUUUAAAACAUAGAAUGAAAUAUUUUAUUUUUUUCAGAUUUUUUGAAGUAGCUGUAAUAUAUUUCAUGGCUAACCAUUUAUGUGCAUGCUUUUUUAUUGAAAUUGGUAGAAGUGAAGAUACAGUCCACUCAUGGUUUUAUAAAAUUUAUUUAUCAAAAAGUAACUUUAGCGUACAUGAUUCACUGUCAAAUUCCACAAUUUUGGUCCAUGCUUACCAUUGGGCUUCUAUGGUUGUGUCCCAUGUUGGGUAUGGAUAUAUUACUAGUGUGUCUCCUUGGGAAAAAGUUUAUAACUGUUUUAUGUUCCUUCUAGGAUUUUUUGUAUUUAUUGUGCUUUUUGGAAGCAUUUGUUCACUGUUCAAGGAGCUUAUUUCGAAUAGGAGGUAUAAGCUUAAAGAUAAUUAUGAAUAUGUCAGGGAUUUCAUCAAGAAGAAAAAAGUUGACCAACAAUUCAUGAAACAGAUAAAUGACUAUUUUAAUUAUUUAUGAAAAGCAAAUAAAGGAAUAAUUGAUCAAGAUAUCCUUAAACAUCUGACACCGACUCUUAUGUCUGAUAUACAACUUUAUAGGUAUAGGGAAGCUGUUCAAAAUUCUCAAUUGUUUAGGAAAAAGGAUGGAAAAAUACAUGAGCAGCUGGCGAGAACAAUGUUUAGACUUUGCCAUACAGAAUUUUAUUUAAUUGGGGACCCAAUUAUGCAUGGUGGUGAAAGGAAUAACGAUUUUUUUAGGGUAGAGCGGAAUUUACCCUGCUGGAAUAAAUUCCGCUCUUUUGAUAACCCACGUUUUUGACGGUAAUUUUUUUUUUAAAAUAAAAUUAAUCCCUAUCCUUGAGCGAGCAGAAUUUUUUUAUUCGCUCUUAUAAUUUUAAAAAGUUUUUAUUAUUAUAUAUUAUUAUAUGUAAAGCUGGUCAUUAUUAAUCAUUGCUGCAAAUAUAUAAGGGCAAAUUAAAUAAAUAUAAAACUAAUUUAUUUUCUAUUACUCUUAUACUUAUUCUUAUAGUCAAGCAUAAAACCUCUUCUCCCCUCUUUAAAUUCUGAUACUAAAUAGUAAUAGUAUUGCAGAAUAUUGGAUCUGCUACAAUAAUAAUAUUUUAAUAAAAAACCCUAUGAAUAGCAAGUUUGGCUCAUAUUGUUAUACUGAAUAUCAAUGAGAUUUAUAGGUUGCAUAUGGAAAAUAAGCUAUUAAUAAGAUUAAACUAAUUUAGUGCAGUCCAGUGUUAAAUUAUGCAUUUAUGGCUUAUUAUUGAAUUAAUUUAUUUAUUUAUAGGGUAAAAAUUCUUUUCGGCCCAUUUUUUUAUUAUGCUAGAUGGUGAAGCUGAUAUUAUUGAUAUUAGAGGAAAAGCUAAUGUAAAAACACUUAAAACGGGUGACCAUUUUGGAGAAGUUGGCUCAUUUAUUCCUGAAAUCCCAGUUAGGACAGCAAGUGCAGUUGCAAUUAAAAUUUGCCAAGUAGCCAGGCUAAAAGCUGAUCAGCUUGAAAUGCUAAUGGAUGCAUUCCCUGAAUGAUAUGAAUCUAUGCAAAAACUAGCUGAAAACAGGAUAAAAGAAACAUUUUGCGCAGAGAGCAUCGAAGAAGCUAUCGCAAAAUUUGAUAAAAUAGCUAAAAAAAUUUCAAAUGAUCCAAGCACAGCCAAAAAGUACCAAAAAAGAACAGAAAAAUUAAUGGCGCCCAAAAUUUCAAAAAUCCUAUCAAUAGAGCCAAGCAAUAGAUGAAUGAAUUUAACUUUGCUUCACAUGGCUACUCUAAUAUACACAGCCUUUGCCCUUCCUCUUGAAGUAUGCUUCAAUAUAAAACUAAACUAUUUUCUCUAUAUAAUGGAAGUUAUCUGUGUAUCAGAAUCCAUAGUAUUUUUUGCAAUAAUUACAAAAUAUACUAUUUUCUCAAGGAAAAAAAAGAAUGAUGAAGAAAUGGAUAUUGAGCAUCAUAAGCAUUUUAUUAUUUUCGACAUAUUAGGAAUGUCGCCUUUUAACUUGAUAUUUGACAUGAUGAGAAUUGAGCACCCGUUUUACCUUAUUAUUUUAUUAAGAUUAUUGAGGAUUGCUUCAGUGUUUAGGCUUCAGUCAUUGUUUUCGAAGAUGGAAAUGCAGUGGAGACAUAUAUCGUUUAUUUUGAACUGUAUAAAAGCGACAGUUAUAGCGGUCAUUUUUAUCCAUUGGCUAAGCUGCUUGUGGUACUUUAUGAAUUGGCAAGAAGAUGGAUAUUCCUGGGCUGAGUCUAACCAUCUAGAAGAUUCGACAACCUGAAAUAAGACCUCAUUUUCAUAUUUUUAUAUACUAAAUAUCCUAACCUUGACAGGCUACUCUUUUAUGCAAGAAGCCAAUGAUACUGAAAGAGUGGUCACGAUUUUCCUGAUUUUUAUAGGAGAUAUGCUUAUCGCUAUGCUUUUUGGGUUCAUGGCAACUGUCAUUGAAUCCCACAAAUCUGAAUUACAAGACUACAUUAAUAAGCUGAAUUCACCAUUUAGUGUCACAAAUAAAUCUGAAAAAUCUGAACAAUUAAUGAAAAAGCUAAAAUCAUUUUAUGCAUUUUCUACAUCUUUAAGCCAGGUGCAUGGGCCAAUUGAUUUUAAUCAGUUAUAUAUGUAUUUGCCAUCGAAUAUUGUGAAUUCGAUUAUUUAUGAGUGCAAUAGGCCAGUUCUUAAAGAAGUGACAUACCUUCAGCUAACAGAUUCUGUAGAACUGUAUGAAAGUUUGGCUAUGUUGCUUAAGCCAAGAUUAUUUUUACCAGAAGAUUAUAUCAUAUAUCAUUAUGAUUUUGGCUGCGAAAUGUUUUUUAUUAUAGAAGGGUCUGCUGAAAUACGAUCUAUAGAUGGCAAAAAAACAAUAAAAACUCUAACAAAAGGCUCUGUAGUUGGAGAUAUUGAAUUAAUUACUGAUGAAAAGCCUUUUUACUCAGUUGUCGCUAAAACUUUAUGCUUAAGCUAUUUUGUGGGUAAGACUGAUUUUCAUAAACUGGUUAUUCAGUUUCCUGAUAUUUCUGAACAAAUUAAGUUAGAAACAGAAAAACUAAGAAGGGAAAGGACAGAUUUAAAUGUGAUUAUUGAGCAAGAUUCUUAUAUAGAAGAAGAUGGAUCCCCGCUUGUAAACUCUCAGGACAUUAUUAAUUCUAUGACUAUAUAUAAGUUAGUGAAUUUCCCUAUUAUUCAAGAAGCGAGUGACACGAACUGGAUUGGAGCUUAUUCAGGGCUCAAAAAUUUAAACUCACAGACAAUUAAAAAGCCUGGAACAUUAGCUAUAACAAAAAAGUCAUCAAAAAGAAGACCGCACUAUUCAAAAGAGCACAAAAGAAGGUUUAGUAGAGAAUUUAUUGGGAAAGAAAUCAUGAUAUCAGAGCUUUCUUCAAUUUCGAUUAAAACAGAUAAACCUUAA